AUGGCUCAAAACCUGGAACCUCACCAGCAGAUUUCUCGACUAGAACUCAUACCUGACGGGUUUCUUGUAUCUCCACCUCCUCAGCCUCUCAAGAUCAAGCACAUCGACUUCGCAUCAUCUGAUAUACCCGAGAAUGCCGAAUGCCUUGCCCUCACCAUCGACAACAUUCUCUCCAAGGCAGAGUGCGACCAGCUCGUGUCUUUGGCGGAAGCGAGCGUCUCAAACAUAAAAGAAGACGAAACGCCAUGGAAGCCUGCAACAAUAAAAAUUGGUCAAGGGAUUCAGGCUACGGUGCGAGACUAUCGACACUGUGAUCGGAUCGAAUGGGACCAGCAAUCGAUAGUGGACCGCAUAUGGGACCGAUGUGCGCAGGCUCCUGGGUUAAGAGAGCUGUUGGCUGAAGUUGUCCCCGAGGGUAGCUUCGAAGGUGAGAAAUGGGAGUUUCGUCGUUUGAACCAACGUAUGCGCUUCCUCCGGUAUGAGCCCGGCCAGUUCUUUAAGCCUCACUGCGACAACCCAAUCUGGUACAAACAUAAACGUGCAGAGUUUCAGACCCAUUACACAGCGAUGCUGUAUCUCGGCGACUCUACUACCGAACGGGGAGGGACAGAGCCUCUAGAAGGAGGCGUCACAUCAUUUCUAUCCCAAGACAGAGAAAGAAGGGUCGAUGUCGAUCCUAGGGCCGGUAGUGUGCUCAUUUUCCAACAACGAGGGCUUCUUCAUGAAGGAACCGUGGUCAAGAAAGGCGUAAAGUAUGUGAUGCGGAUGGACAUGGUGUAUGAGUGGGUUGAAGGUGGAGAGGAUGCCAAUAAACGGGUUAGGGUGUAG